GCGAUGGAGUAAGCACUCUUGUUUAUAGUACAGGUGUAUUGACAUACGAGGCUAGUACCUGCGGAUAAGAUAAAGAACACUUCACUAGCACUCGUGUUAAUUUGAAUUACCCACCAAUAUAAAAGUAAGGUUCUUUUCUGGUUACAAUAUGCACUCGUCUGCCCCGCCUCUGUGUGUCCUGCCUCCGUAAGACGCGGAGCAGCGCCGUAAUACCGCAAUCAGUCACGGACAAAGGUCACGGGCACACAGCUCACAGUGGUAAACAACACAGCGCUAUACAUACGCUGACCAGGACUUGACCAGGACUUGACCAGUGGAACUUUAUAUCCAGUGUCUACAACAUCAAUCGGAAUUAUGAGAAUUGAUACUCCAGUAGUACAGAGGCAUGCGGCCGAGCUGUCACCAUUCCAAAGGGAAAAACUCGAGUACUACUUCAAGUUUUUUGAUGUCGACGGCGAUGGUUAUCUGAUGCAAAAAGACCUGCCACUUCUAUUCAAGAAAAUCAUUGACUACACAGGGUGGGAGAAGAACUCAACAGCUGCUACAGAACUCUAUGAAGUGCACGAGACAUUCUUUGAGGUGCUGCACGAAAAAACUGACAUCAAAUCAGAUCUGAUUGGUCUGGAUGCGUGGAUGUUGCUAUGGGAACAUAUGAUACCCGGAUGUAUGAGCAUGCAUAAUUUCCCUAUUUGGCUCCGCCUACUUCCGAGGUCACUGUUCCGGGUCAUGGACACGAAGGAUGACGGGGUGCUAGACGCACAGGAGAUUCGGGAGUUCUACGAGUCGUUUGUAAAGAUUCCCGAGGCGGAAGCUGGUGAACUAGCCUCACGUGCCUUCAACGAGAUGACUGACUAUGGCCGCUACCCGCUGACCUUGGAUGGGUACGAACAAAUCUUUGCCAACUUCCUGUUGGGGCGGACAAAAUACGGGCCCGGUCGAUACAUCUUUGGCUGCUUCGAGCACUCUGCUGAAGAGAACUCUCGUCUUAUUUCCGGUCCACCAAAGGCGAACGCCGCGGAAGUCACAACAAAAUUUCCAAGAAGGGCAAGUGACGCAACUAGAGCUCCGUUGCGCAUGUACAGGAAGGAGUAGUACCGAAAGUCAUAAUAUAGAUCAACUACAGAUAAUGCUUGGCUGGCAUUACAUUGACAUCAUUCCUGCUCAACCAAUACAUUGGAAAAACUCAUUGGAAUGAAUAUUACAAUAACAAUAAAUAUAAUUAGGCGAUGUAUUAUAUACUCAUAUAUACUGUAAUUAACCGAUUGAUCAUUUAAACAUACAUAAGUAAAGGAUAUAUAGAUCUGUUAUCAUUCUCUCGUGAAUUAAAAUCGCCUUAUUCACAUGUGCUCAAUGUUAACAAGGCAGUAUGGUAGUCAAUAUUAAUUACUUAAGGACGCCUGUCCCACUGCAUUGUGGUCUUUCGUAUAUACAUUUAUCGCACCUUAACUUCCGGUUGGGCCACUUCCGUUGACCAGGUAGCUCAGUCGGUUAGCGCAAUAGUAUAGCCUGAGGUCCUGAGUUAGAUCCAAAUUCAGCCCCGCUGUUGUUUUACAUUCAGAACACUGUUGUUGAUUACAUUUUGUUUAUUUCAUCUUCAACAUUUUUCAUAAAUGUCCCUCAAGGUAUGGUUUUCGCUUCGAAAUGAUUAUCAAAGCUUUUCCGUCUUUGCGUAUUGCAGAGUUAUCUUCUCUUUAGAGCAGGGAUUGAUUGUUACGUCAUUGGUUUGU